AUGUCUCCAAGUUCCACUCCUAACCCCGGAUCCUCUGGUUUGCGGAGUAUUCGCCUAUCUCAAUACAUUUUUGGUAUCCAGGCAGUCCCACUACUGGCUAGUGGGAUCUAUACACUACUCCGGCCGAAUGCGAUCGCCAGUCUUGCGAACUCCCCUUUUCAAGGAAUAGACACUGGAACAAUCCAGGCAAUCAGCUUAACAUCCAUAGCCUUGGGGGCCUGUCAAACCAUUGCGGCAUACCAGAACAAUAUCCCCAUGAUGCUUGUGACAGUACCCGGAAGAUUGCUAGGGGCCUUUGUGUUUCACCGGAGUGGUGGAGAGUGGCGCAAAAUGGCACCUUUCGAGGGAGUCAUGGGAGUGCUUAUAGCGAUCGGGGUAUAUUGGACGUGGGAUACAGAGCGGGCAGACAACGCAAACAAAGAGGAUCGGAAAGACUAG